AUGGACUCUAUUUUCUCUCAUAAUGUCGCUAUCAAUCCGGGAGCAAUUGCAAUAGAUGACGGAGCACACCAAUGGUCAUAUUCAGACCUCGACCGUGAAGUCCAGCGUAUCUCAUCCCUUCUGAAGACCUUGGACCUACCUCCAGAGGAGCCAAUUUGCAUCUUGCAAGAGGCAGGCAUCGAGACCAUCAUUGCACAGCUGGCUGUCAUCCGGGCGGGCCUGACAUGUGUCCCCCUGGAGCCCUCUAUCCCAAAUAGACGUUUGAUGAACCUCCUGAGCGAUGUCGGAACACAGUACAUCCUAUCCAACCAUAGACCGGACAUCGACAAUGGCAUGGUCAUCAUCCCAAUCAGAGGAGAAUACCACCCCCUCACAAAGCCAGUCAGACCGGAGACAGCUAGUGUUAAGCGCGUGCAACUGAAAGGACUACCAAAUUGUGAUUAUCGAAGUCAUAUCCUGUAUACUUCAGGGUCCAGUGGAAAGCCAAAAGCUGUCCAGAUCCCUGAGAGUGGCAUCCUCCACCUCAUGUUCAAAAGUCCAGCUACGCCUCUUCUACCAUCGGACCGUGUAAGCGUAUUCAACAAUCCGGGCUUUGAUAUGUCAAUUUUUGAAAUCUUCGUUGCUUUGAUGUCAGGCUCCACGCUGGUCAUGGUGCCGCGGCCAGUAAUCACGGAUCCGUUGGAAGCUAAGAGUUUCAUUGCGCAAAGACAUAUCUCUGUUUCUUUCCUGACUACUUCGCUGUUUUCAAUAAUUGCACAAGCUUGCCCCUGUGCGUUCACUGGUAUGAGACAUGUCCUAACUGCUGGCGAAGUAGCCAAUAUGGCCAGCAUGAAGGCUGUCCUCGAGUCGCCCAAUCCACCUCAGCAUUUAUGGAAUACAUAUGGGCCUACUGAAAUAACGAUCGUGUCCACUAUGCAUUCGGUCACUUUCGAAGACCUCCACCACAACAGUAUCAGCAUUGGCACGCCCUUUGGGGAUACAAGGCUUUUCCUUGCUGAUGACAGCCUCAAUAUCAUUACCGAGCCCGGAAGCAUUGGCGAGAUACUCCUAGGUGGGCCUGGCCUAACAGCAGGAUAUAUUGGACGUCCCAAGGAAAAUGAGGAGCGGUUUUUCGUCGAUAAAUCAGGGUACCGGCUCUAUAAAACAGGUGACUUUGCCAAGUGGCGUCCCGACAAUCACACCUUGCUAGAGUUCGUCGGCCGUGUAGACCUGCAGGUCAAGCAGUGCGGUUUCCGCGUCGAACUUGGUGAGAUCGAGCAGUUAUUCCUCAGUAGUGGACGGUUACUGGCCGCGACAGUGUGCCAAAUUCAGCCAGAAACCGUCGAAGACGAACCCUUUCUCGUUGCGUUUCUCAUUCCGGCUGUUACCAACACCAUUCAAGCUACAGACAUGCUGGAGUUCAUCAAGCAGAAAGCACCAGCUUACGCUGUGCCGCGGGAGAUUGCCUUCUGCCCACACUAUCCCCUGACAGACCACGGAAAAGUCGAUCGCAAGGCGUUAGCGAAGAAGUAUGCUGCCCAAUGCACCAAUAUCCGGGACACUUACCCAACAGAUGAAGACCCUACCAGCACAGUCAACAUCCUCCGAGGGAUCUGGACAUCCCUGCUCGGCCAACAGCAAAUUAACGACGAAGACAAUUUCUUUUCCACUCUUCGAGGACUAUCCCUUCAAGCGGCUGCUAUGGUCUCCAGAACCAGAAGGCAAUUUGGAAACAGCGUCUCCAUGCGCACAUUGUACGAAAACCCCCGAUUAACAGACCUAGCCAACUUCAUCAACAUUUCCAAUCAAAACAACAACACCGACGACCUCGACCGCUGGAUGACAGACGCCCACACAGCCGACGAUCUCCACGCCGUCCCCAACUGGCAAGCCGCCGAAGAGGGCCGCAUCUUUCUCACAGGCGCAACAGGGUUCGUAGGCGCCCAUUUCCUCAGCCGAUGUCUUGAAAUGCCCACAGUUAAAGAAGUCGUCUGCCUUGUGCGAGGCAAAUCCGGCUCAUCGGCCAGCGAAAGAGUACAAGCCGUGCUCGAGCGCUAUAACCUCUGGGACAAAACAUCGCAUUGCAUCCACAAACUCACCGUUCUCAACGGCGACAUCACCAUGAAACACCUCGGUCUAACCGAGGACAUGUUCACCUGGUUGACCAAUUGGACUAGCGUGGUCUUCCACCUCGCCGCUAAAGUCAACUACCUCGAGCCAUAUGCCGCGCACUACGAUGCUAAUAUCCUCGGAACCCGCCACGUCAUGGAAGUAGCUACAUCAGGUCGCCGCAAGGCGUUCAUGUACAUGUCCAGUAUCGACAUCUUCGGGCCAACAGGCCACGUCCUCGGCACUGAGAAGGUCCUUGAAGACGGCCCGCUGGAACCGCAUCUUCAUGCACUGAAGUAUGAGCUCGGCUAUGCGGCUACGAAAUGGGUCUCGGAGGUGAUGGUGCGGCGGGCACGCGAGCAUGGUCUAGCAGCUAUGAUCUUCCGUCCUGGGUUUAUUUUAGGUGAUGUCGAGCAGGGGUGUGGGAAUCUGGAUGAUUUCUUUGCUCGGUUCAUCAGGGGAUGUGUUCAGGUCGGUGCGUUUCCGCAUCUGCACAAUCAGCGAAUGGAAUAUGUGUCUGUUGAUUAUGUGUGCGAUGCGAUGUUGCAUAUCGCUGCUAAUAAUGGCAAUCUCGGCAAGACGUACAAUCUGGUUUCUCCUGAUGAGGCGGACUCUGUCGACCUGGAGAAGACGUAUCGGAUAGUCAAUGAGGCAGGAUACCCGGUUGGCCUGGUGGAAUAUUGGGACUGGGUGCAUUUGUUGCAGGAAAGGACUGGUCCGGAUAACCCGUUGGAGCCGUUGAUGUCACUGUUGCAGGAGACAGUAAUGGAUGGGUUGUCAUGGUUCGAGAUGCAUAAGAAUACGACGCGUUAUGAUUGUUCCAAUACGGUUGCGGCAUUGAGAGAUGCGCCGGGGAUUAAAUAUGUGCCGCUUGAUGUUGGAAUGUUGACCAGGUCGCUGAACUUUUGGAGUCGGAAGGGAUGUCAGAUCUGA